AUGGGACUGUUGGUGUUUAUGCGUAACCUGCUGCUAGCCCUCUGCCUCUUUCUGGUACUGGGAUUUCUGUACUAUUCUGCUUGGAAGUUGCACCUUCUCAGAUGGGAGGAUUCAAAUUCAGUGGUUCUUUCCUUUGACUCCGUUGGACAUACAAUAGGCUCAGAGUAUGACAAACUGGGCUUUCUCCUGAACCUGGACUCAAAAUUGCCUCCAGAAUUGGCAUCAAAGUAUGCAAAUUUCUCUGAGGGAACGUGCAAGCCUGGUUAUGCAUCAGCGCUCAUGACUGUCAUCUUCCCAAAGUUCUCGAAGCCGGCACCAAUGUUCUUGGAUGAUUCCUUCAGGAAAUGGGCACGUAUCAGGGACUUUGUACCCCCUUUUGGAAUUAAAGGACAAGAUAAUCUGAUCAAAGCCAUCCUGUCAGCAACCAAAGAUUACCGUCUAACUCCAGCUCUUGACAGUCUGAGCUGCCGGCGAUGUAUUAUUGUGGGAAAUGGUGGAGUACUUGCAAAUAAGUCAUUGGGGUUAAAAAUUGAUGACUAUGAUGUUGUUGUCAGGCUGAACUCGGCUCCAGUGAAGGGCUUUGAAAAAGAUGUGGGUGGCAAGACAACUCUCCGGAUCACAUAUCCUGAAGGUGCAAUCCAGAAAAUGGAGCAGUAUGAGAAGGAUUCCCUGUUUGUUCUGGCGGGAUUCAAAUGGCAGGAUUUCAAGUGGCUGAAAUACAUUGUUUACAAGGAGAAAGUGAGUGCCUCUGAUGGCUUUUGGAAGUCAGUGGCAACCCGUGUCCCAAGAGAACCUCAUGAGAUACGUAUCCUGAAUCCCUACUUCAUCCAGGAGGCAGCUUUCAGCUUCAUCGGACUGCCUUUCAACAACGGCCUGAUGGGCAGAGGGAACAUCCCCACCUUGGGAAGCGUAGCAAUAACCAUGGCGCUCCACAACUGUGAUGAGGUGGCGGUAGCUGGGUUUGGCUAUGACAUGAGUUCACCCAAUGCACCACUGCACUACUAUGAGAACAUCAAGAUGUCUGCCAUCAAAGAGUCCUGGACGCACAAUAUCCAGCGGGAGAAGGAGUUCCUGCGGAAGCUGGUGAAAGCCCGAGUCAUCACUGACCUAACCAGUGGUAUUUGAGUGGCUGGAGCCACUGCCUCCAAGGGAGGAGACAAAGACGCAUGCUGCAGCUCUGGGAGCAGGCACUGGCAGCCCCCUCGCAAGAAUCCCACCUCACUGAAGACACACAGAGAUGCCCAGGUGCUCUGGGAAGACCCUCUCACAUUGCCAGUCUGCACGAGGGUUGCAUCUGCUGCCUCCAGGCCUAGAGCUGGCAGGAGGUGGGCAAGGGGCUGAGCGGGCAGUUCUUGAACUCUGCAUCGCAGACGGAUCUUCUGUAUCCUGAAUUAAACAGGAAAGACUCAGGAGAGAGAAGAAAGGUUUGUGAAUAAAACGGUUUGUGCCAAAUGGGAGGUGACGCUGCCCCAAGGCAGCAAUGCCUGAAUGUACAAAGUAUUAUUUUUUAAAAGAAACUCUGCUGGAAUCAUACUAGAAAUACCAAGGUGCAAGGCAAAGUCUGCUUGUGCACAGCCCUGCGAAAAGCCUGGCCUCUCCAUGCUCCAUCUGCAUUGUCACCGGCCUCAGACCUUUCCCCAGGAAAACAAAUCCGUCCAAAACUUCGGUGUCCUUGGUGCUGCUAUAAUUUGAAGGGAGAAUAAUGGCUUUCCCUCAUUCUCCACUUGGAGCUUCUGGAUGGAGAUGAGCAUGGGUUUGUUUUUCUGCACUUUUCCUUGCUUCCUGCAUAGAGGCAGCAGCAGCAGCCACUUACUUGGCUGCGUUUUCCAUAACCAUUUGCCCUGCUCUGCCUCUGCCCUGACCCCAAGGUGGAGCGGGGAGCUGAUGGCUUUCUCUGCCUGCAGCAGACCCUCCCCACCUUCCUGCCUGUCCCGGCACUGAGGAACCUGCCUCGUUGUGCUCAAGGCUUUCAGGCCUCUUGAUUUGUGCCUGCUGUGCAGGGCCGCCAUGGAGUCUGUGCAGAUUGGUGUCACCGGUUCUGGACAGCAUCUCACUUUAUUUUUGUGUGGGAGAGGAGUAAUUUAUUCUUUGGAAGGAGGUCAGAUCUUGCACAGAGAUCUGAAGCUUUACAGUUUGAGAGCAGGCCGACGAAGAUGUUUGUUUUCCGUUCCAGACUCAAUCAUGUUCCCUAUUUAAGUGAUGUGUGACCUCAGUGAUGAUGGAGCCUGCUGGCACGGGUAGGGGCCUGCUGGGAACCCUCACUCUCUGCUCGGCUCCUGCUCACUUCAUUUCCAGGCUCCUCCCGUGCUGCUCUAGCACUGCUGCUCCUCCUGCUCUCAGGAGCACAUCCCUUCCUUUGCUGUCUUGGUCCCGAGAUGCAGUAUUUGCACAUUUGAUUUGUAUACGUAUUUCAGAGGAGCUGGAAUAAACUGAGCAACAUGGCCGAGUGAGAGGACAGCGAGGUGGUCUCAUCCACCUGGAGAGCAUGGGCAGAAGGGAGAUUGCCAGGGGAAUGGGUACA